UUUCGAUAGACCUAUUCAAGAAUUAGAUUGUGUUAUCGCCACAAUCUGGUCACACUUGCAGUCGUGUUUUUGGUGUUUUUGUACGGCAAGAAUUUUGCGAAAAAUAAAUACAUAAGCUAGUGUAAUUAGUGUUGUUCUUUUGUGAAAUGUAAAGUGAACACAGACACCAUAGAUCAGGCCAGAGUUCGGUGGAUAUAUUGUACACAUUGUACCACCCAAUAAAAUGACAAAUUACUGGGUUUAGUGUAAGUGUUCCCAUUCGAGUGUGUGUCCAUUGGACUGCGGAGGAAGCGUCUGAUAAGCAGCCAUCUUCUUAUAAGAAUGGCAAGGAAAUCCCUGCCAAAUAUAUAUAAAUCGUAAAAACUAUUGCCGUGCAGCAAGGCCAGGGCGUUCUGGCCGUCCACGAGAUCGAGAAACAUUAGAUUUAGCAACACCACAACAACAACACACCCAGACAUGUGCAUCGCGCAGCUAAUCUAUUGUAAAUAAACUGCGUCUGCGUCCAUUGUGAACGAGCACCUUUUCUCGGUCACGUACGCCGAUUCCGAUUCCUCGAUUCACGAUUCCCCGAUUCCGUUGCAACCAGCACGGCGUUUUGCAGGGAAUUCGCGAAAAACCAGGUGCCCCACAUCCUCCAGAGACCCAGCCGCCUCAGAGCUGCCACACGCAGGAACUGGAGGAGUGCGAGAGGAGGAGAGCGGCAUCUGCGGCAUAACCAUCGGUUCCAGAUCGAAGCGCCCGAGCUGUGAGAGAAAAGUGUCUCGGUUUAAGGAUUUGAAAGUCCGACAACAAGUCGGAAUUAGGAAAAAAAAGGCAGAGAAAAGCUUAGACGAGAAUGAAAAUGUCAGAGGUGCCACGCAUCAUGGUCUUUCGACCCACCUGGGAGGAGUUCAAGGACUUUCCCAAGUAUGUGGCCUACAUGGAGUCACAGGGCGCCCACAAAGCCGGACUGGCCAAGGUGGUGCCUCCGCCGGAGUGGGUGCCCCGUCGCAGUGGGUACGCCGAUCUCGAUGCCCUGAAUGUCACGAUUCCAGCGCCCAUAUGCCAGGUGGUAACCGGCAAGCAGGGUUACUAUCAGCAGAUCAACAUCCAGAAAAAGCCACUUACUGUGAAGCAGUUUAGCGAGUUGGCUAGCACCGAGCGUUACGCCACACCCAAACACUUUGACUUUGAGGAUCUGGAGCGCAAGUACUGGAAGAACAUAACAUAUGUGGCGCCCAUUUAUGGGGCAGAUGUUAGCGGAAGCAUCACAGACACCGACCAGGAUAGCUGGAACAUCAACCGGCUGGGUACUAUUCUUGACUAUGUCAACAAGGAUUAUAACAUCCAGAUAGAUGGCGUGAACACAGCUUACUUGUACUUUGGCAUGUGGAAGACGACCUUCGCAUGGCACACGGAGGACAUGGACCUCUAUUCCAUCAAUUACUUGCACUUUGGGGCGCCAAAGACGUGGUAUGUGGUGCCGCCGGAGUGUGGUCGCAAACUGGAGAAGGUGGCCAACCAAUACUUUCCGGCCAGUUACAAGAAUUGCAACGCAUACUUGCGCCACAAGAUGACGUUGAUAUCACCACAGAUUCUCAAGCAACACGACGUGCCCGUCAGUAAGAUCACGCAGGAGGCGGGCGAGAUCAUGAUCACGUUUCCGUUCGGCUACCAUGCCGGCUUCAAUCACGGCUUCAACUGUGCCGAGUCCACCAACUUUGCCAUGGAGCGCUGGAUUGAGUACGGCAAGCGGGCGGUGCAGUGCACGUGCAGCAACGACAUGGUCAAGAUCUCAAUGGACACAUUUGUCAAGCGCUUCCAAAGCGAUCGCUACGAUCUGUGGAUGGAGGGGCGUGAUGUGGGGCGGCAUCCGGAGGAUCCGCCGAACGGGGUGCCCAGUGCAGCUCCCCUGCCACCACACCUCGAUGUCUUGCUGUGUGAUAAAAAAAUGAAAAAGCAAUGCAAUCCCACCAAGGCCAAGAGUUUCAAAGAGCGUAAUCCCGAUCUGGAUCUGGAUGAAAUCCAGCAGAAUCCCAACGUGCCCGACGACGUCAAGGCCAUGCUGAAGGAGAGCGUGCUGACGCUGGACACGGGCGAUCUGGCCACCGAUGAGGCUGAUUUUCCCAACGAGGAUGCCAUGAGUCUACAGAGUCCGGCGGUUCUGAAGACCAAGCAGGAGCUGCUUGAGUACAUAGACGACGGCACAGAAGAUGAUGAUGAGGAGGAGGACUUCAAGCGGCGCAAGCAGAAGCGGCGCUACGAUGCCGACUACGACGACGAUUGGCUGGCGUCCAAGCGCAAGAGUAACUCGCGAAACAGUCGCGGACGUAGUCCCCGCACCAAGGACGACCGUUCCAUAUCGCCAGCCUCCUCCACUUCUUCGACGUCGCGGGGCGCAAGGCGCGGCAAGGCCAGCGGCACGCCCCGAAAGACUCCUGCGCGGCGGAAAAAGGACGCAAGUAGCACAUCUCCGGCGGUUACUUCUGCUGCAACUGCCGUGAAAACAGCCACAUCGGCAGUGGUCGCUGGAACAACAUCCCUAGCCACAACCACAACAGCAGCAGUAGCAGUAGCAGUAGCAGUAGCAGAUGGCGGAGGAGAUGCCAAAAAGGAGCGACAGUCGCUGCAGUUCAUGCAACAAUCGCGUAAAUUUGAGGGCAAGAUACCAAAACUAAGUCAAGCGAGUGCAGCAGCAGCAGCAGCAACAGCAGCCAUAGAAGCAUCCACAUCAAAGUCUAGUCAAGAGCAGCAGCAACAGAUUGUCUACGUCAACAUGUUGCCCGCGGCCAAUACCCUGAAUGGCAUUCCACAGCAGCAGCAGCAGCAGCAGCAGCAAUAUGCGAGCACGGAUGGAAAUGUCUAUCAGCUGCAAAAUGAAAUACUCUGUGAUGCAAACGGACAUGCCGUGACUGCCGCCACGGCUACAUAUCAAACUACGGCCAGCAGUCCGCAGCAGCAGCAGCAGCAACAGAAUGUUGCAACCAGUGUUGCCGACAAUGUGGUCACAACUAUUAGUUCGUCCUCCAUCCUGCACACGAACGCCCACACCAACGGAGUGGACACAAUCGCCGCCACACAGCAGCAACAGCAGCAGCAGCAGCAACAACAGCAACAUUACCACUAUAUCACCACCACCGGCGAGGAUGGACAAACUCCGACCACCAUAGUGUUCGAGAACUACAACGGCGGAAUGCCAGCGGUCAGUUCCGCCGCACCAACGCCCGUUCCCGUGUCGCAGGCCAACUCAGCCGCGACCACGACCACCACGGCCCUGGUCAACACGGACGGCACGAUCAUCGAGUUCGAUGGGAGCACGUACGAGGAGUACCACGUACUCAAAAGCGAGCCCGGCAGCAGCGAUUGCCUGAGCAACGGCAGCAGUGCCGUGGCCGCCGACAUAAUCAAGUACGAUCCCCAGCACGGAGUCGUUGGCGACGAGGAGGACGACGAGGAGAACGGCCUGUUGCAGGUGAAGUACGAGGAGCAGAGCCUCGAACACGAUGCGGAAAACGAGCACGAUGCGGAUCAGGAGCACGAGUACGAGGAGUUCCAGGUGAUCAAGGCCGAGGUGGAGGCCGAGGCGGCGGAGCUGGCAGCCGGCACCACCAGCUACACGAUCAGCCAGGACCAGCCGGGAUCCGGCACCACGGUGCUGUCCUCAAUGGUGCCCAAAUCGGGAUCGGCGGCGGCCGCCAAGCAGAAGCGCAAGCGCAAGACGCGCGUCAUCGCCGACGACGAGAAGGGCGAGUACCUGGAGAAGAUGAGUGUACGUGGCCUGGACAUUGCCCGCUACGAGCACAUCAUCGACGGCGUUGCCUACUGCCUGGUCUGUGCCAAGAACGACAUUUUUAAGACGUUCAAGAACAAGUACAGCUUCCAGCGACACGCCUACCUCUUUCACGAGGGCCAAAAUCGCAAGAUAUUCGCCUGCCCCAUCUGCAACAAGGAGUUCUCGCGUCCCGAUAAAAUGAAGAUGCACAAGAAGGACAAGCACGGCGACGUGCCCAUGCCGCCAUCGGCCACCACGACUCCGCUGAAGGCCGACGGUCCGCCGGCUAAGCGGGCGCGUAACUCCCGCACUCCGCGCGUUCGCAAGACGAAGGGCGGCGAUGGCAGUACGCCGUCCAAGAAGCGGCUGGCCCAGAUCGACAGUGUUCUGGACGACGUGCAGAAUGGGGAGUCCAUGACGAUGGCGGCGGUCAGCGUGAGUCACCCCCAGCAGCAGCAGCAGCAGCAGCAGCAGCAGCAGCAACAGAUGCAGCACAGCAUCACAACGCUGGCACCCUCGACGCCGUCGCAGCCGCAGCAUCAGCUGCAGACGCUGCCCUCGCUGGACUUCAGCGGCAUGAUUCUGCCUGGAGGUGCACAGCUGGCACUGGCCAAUCCGGGCGCCACCAGCUCCGUGGGACUGCAGCGAGGACCAGCCACGCCGAAUGGUCAGCCGGCGGCGCCCACCACCACGUUGAUCUACUCGAACCAACUGGAACUGCAGCAGGCGCUGCUGCAACAGCAGCUGCACGGCCAGAGCAUCAUGAUCCAGGAUCAAGCCGGCAACCUUGUGCCCCUGCAGCUGGACGGAACCCAGGCGAUAUACACAACGGCGCCGCAGGCUCAGCGCCAACAGACCACGGCCACAUAUCAGACGACGCAGCAGCAGCAGCAACAGCCAGCGCAGCAGCCCGCCAGCCAGACGCAACAGCAACCUCACUACGAGCUGGACAACGUGACCUAUUUAAGCUCCACGGCGGCGGCCACUCCGACGUCGGUCGAGCAGCAGCAGCAGCAGCAGCAACAACAACAGCAGCAGCAGCAGCACGUGAUCGGCACAGUUCAGAGCUAUCAGAUCCUGACGCCCGACGGCCUGCAGAACUUCCAACCCAAGCUGGAGACGGCCGAGCUGGGCGACCUGUGUCCCUACUCGCAAUACACCUUCACCACGCACGCCGGAGCGCAGCCCACGCUGAAUGCGAAUGCGCUGGACGCGCAGAACCAGCACCAGCAGCACCACCAGCAGCAGCAGCAGCACCACCACCACCAGCAGCAACACCACCAGCAGACGCAACUACUGCAGCAACAGCCCUUCGCCACGCACCACAAUCCGCACCAGCAGUUCAUGGAGCUGAAGAACGAGCUGCUGAUCAAGGGCGGCGACGCCUACACCCUGGACACCGCCUCCAUGUACCACCUGCCCUUCUCGCCCACCUCGAUGAUCAAUGCGGUGAACGAUGUGAACACCUCGUCGCUGCUGGAAACCAAAGAAAUUAGCUACGAUAUAUCAGAGGCAGUGCUAUUAGCUCUCUGAAUAAAAUGAUCGACACAGAAAGCUGCAGCCAAAGUACCAAAAAUUCUAUUUAACGAAUACAAGACUCAACAACUGAGUUCGCAAUGAAUACGAUAGCCAAACGAAACGAGUAUAAAAGUGAAUACCACCUAACCAUUAUUCGAAAGCAACACAAAUGGAAGCCAUUUUCAAUGUUUGCCCAGAUCAGCGGCCAAGCAUAUAAAUAAUAACCCAAGAAAAACUAACUUAGCGAAGCAUUUGUGUACUUAUCCGACAUCCGACACAUCACAUACUCAUUGUAUUCGGUUGAUUCAUUGAUUCAUUCACUCUUCCGUCGUCAGUUGUUGUGUGUGCCUGUGCAAGAGCAGCAACGAGCAACAACCAACAACCAAUAGUCGAAAGAUACAAACAAAC